CCGGAAUGGUUCGGUUCAGGAACUCGGUGACAUCUCUGCGAAGGGGCUUCCUCAUGAGACUCCCUGAGAAGGUGAGGGUAGGUGUCGACCCUGAGAAGCCUUCGGACUUCGUCACAUCUAACGUCGAAGGAUUGAAGAAAGGAGAGAAAGAAUACUAUCAGAGGCAGUUCGAGACUCUGAGAUCCUUUGAGGAAGUGGAUGCUUUGAACGAGCCUGAUUCCGUCACUGAAGAAGAGCAGAAGGCGGAGAUAGCAGAGAGUGAAUUUGCUAUGAAAAUUUCAAAUUAUGCUAAUAUUCUUCUAUUAGCACUGAAGAUUUAUGCUACAAUAAGGAGUGGAUCAAUAGCCAUCGCUGCUUCCACUCUUGAUUCUUUGUUGGACCUUAUGGCUGGCGGUAUUUUGUGGUUUACUCAUUUGUAUAUGAAAAAGGUGAACAUUUACCGGUUUCCAAUUGGCAAAUUGAGAGUACAACCUGUGGGCAUCAUUGUUUUUGCUGCUAUAAUGGCUACUCUAGGUUUCCAAAUUCUUGUUCAGGCUCUUGAACAGUUGAUAGCAAAUAAACCCUCUGAAAAGAUGUCCCCUGUGCAAUUGAUUUGGUUGUAUUCAAUCAUGUUGUCUGCCACUGUGGUGAAACUUGCUCUGUGGCUUUAUUGUAGGCAAUCCAGAAACAAUAUUGUUCGGGCCUAUGCAAAGGAUCACUAUUUUGAUGUGGUUACUAAUGUUGUGGGUUUGGCUGCUGCCAUUCUUGGUGAUAAAUUUUAUUGGUGGAUUGACCCUGCUGGAGCCAUUGUACUUGCUCUUUAUACAAUUAUAAAUUGGUCAGGAACUGUCUGGGAAAAUGCAGUCUCCCUGGUCGGUCAAUCAGCCCCUCCUGAGAUGUUGCAAAAGCUCACCUAUCUCGUAAUAAGACAUGAUCCUCAAAUUAAACGCGUUGAUACUGUUCGAGCUUAUACAUUCGGAGUUCUUUACUUCGUGGAGGUUGACAUUGAGCUACCAGAAGACUUGCCUCUCAAAGAAGCUCAUUCUAUUGGAGAAUCACUGCAGGUCAAGAUUGAGCAACUUCCAGAGGUUGAGCGCGCCUUUGUUCACCUUGAUUUCGAAUGUGACCAUAAGCCUGAGCAUUCUGUUUUAAUCAUGCUGCCCAGCAGCUAAAGCUUCACCCUUCUGCUCAAUGGGCAUCAAACUGCAUAAACAAUUGUGUAGUGGCUGGGCUAUAAUAAGUUGCUUAGGAUCAUUUGCACACAUGUUCCCACAAUUUCAUCUUACAUCAGGAGAGAGAGACAAGCGAUUUUGUAUAUUAUUUGAUUUGCAUGUAAUUAUUCAUGUAAUAUGGGGAUUAUUUUAAAACUGAAAAAUAGCUGCUAUAAAAUAAUAGUUAGGUCAUCGUCAAAAUAUGCGGCAUUUUCAUGCAUACCACCCAAUUCUCAUGCAUUGCAUAUCUACCACUUAAAUUUUGCUUUCUAUAUUUAUGCCACUCGAUUCUUUAACACAAAAAUUUGAAACCACUCAUUUAAACUGACUUAUCUUUGUAGUAUUCAAAUUAUUGGUUAUAUUAUCCAAUGCUUAGGGUUUUAAACAACAAUGAUAUAAGUUGUUUUUUCAAUGUGGGUAUUGAACCCAUAUUUGUUGUCAUGUAGAUUAUGCCCAUGGAAUAAAGUGCAUUAGACCGAGGGAGAGGAAAAGAGAGAAAAUAAGGGGGAGAGAACAAGAAGACUUGCCCAUAGAGGCAAAGAGCAAUGUCCUCGUAUUUUGGCCCUUUUUAUUUCUUGAAGGUAGUGAUUAUGUUGAGAAUGAGAGAGUCUUCCUAGAUGAGAGAGGUUAAGAGAAGAUGGUCCAAAUGUUCUAUAAUGCAUGAAAGAGUUCUAUUUAUAGAAAAUAGGAGGGCAAAAUAUAAAUUAAAUAAUUACCCUUGCUUUAAAAAGAGUCGUAUGGGUUGCUCUAGUUUUUUGGUCGGUGGCCAGUUGGUAUGGCCAUUUGAAUGAAGGUGCUGACUGGAGGCGGUCGACCUCCUGGAAAUUGGGGUGGCUGACCGAUUGGAUAGGGGAAGUGAGUGGCCAAAGGU